AUGGCUGCAGAAGAAAUUCUAAAGCUAUUCGAUUCCUUCUGGUUCGAACAUGGACUUUUCGCCACCAACCCAGCUCCGCCGCCUCCACCGUCGAUUCCGUCACCGCCUCCGCCACUGCGGCCGCCCUCCUCAGCGGGCCCAGCCGCCCAAACAGUCCGGGAGCUUGAAGAAGAAGAAGAAGAAGAAGAAGAAGAACCUAAGCUUUCUCGCUUGCCAACUAUGCUUGUGAGGUCUCGCAGUGACCAGUUUUUGAGCUCAAACACAAGCUUUGCUUCUGAUUUGCACUCUCCGAACUCGGUUCUCCACUCCCCGAAGCUCCUGACAAUCCUUUCCGGUAAAGAAGUUGGAGAAUUCUCCGAGCAGGUUGCGAAGCAGGCAGAGGCUGAGAGACCAGCAAAGAAAAAAUCGAGUGAUUGGAGGAGGAGAAGAAAGGGCAGCAGCAAGAGCCUGUCAGACCUUGAAUUUGAGGAGCUUAAAGGGUUUAUGGAUCUGGGUUUUGUUUUCUCCGAAGAGGAUAAAGAUUCGAGCUUGGUUUCGAUCCUUCCCGGGUUGCAGAGAUUGGGAAGAGAAGGUGAGGAAGAAGAAGAAGAAGAAGAGAAAGAAGGAGCUGUUGAAGUGCCUGCAGUUUCAAGGCCUUACCUUUCUGAAGCAUGGGGUGUUUUGGAUAGAAGAACGGAAAAGAGCCCACUGAUGAAUUGGAGAAUCCCAUCUCCCGGAAAUGAAAUUAACAUGAAAGACAAUCUCAGGUUUUGGGCUCAGACUGUUGCAUCUACAGUAAAAUGA